ACCGCCUAUACUUUCAAGUUCAAAUUUUUCGUUUGCCCCCAGUUUCUCUCUCAUCAACUCUCUCUCUCAUCUCAUCAACUCUCUCUCUCAUCAACUCUCUCUGUCUUCUGGCUCUCACAAAUCUUGUGUAAAUUUGCGCCGAUCUCUAGGUCACAUUUCAAGUUCAAUCGCUGGUAAUCAGUCGAAAAUGGAGGAUCUCGAAACGGCUCGGAUUGAUGCUGUAACGGAUAGUUUCUCUCUCAUUGACGUUUCCGCUUCCGAUGAUGAUUUUCUUUUGGAUUCUUCCUCAGAUAUCCUCUUGUUUGGUGGGAACAGAACCAAGCAUAGUAGACAAUCCAGGUCACACAGGAGUAACUAUAAACCCACCGUCUGAUUCUUUGGCUUUUCAUAGACCCAGGAAAACUGGCAAGUGUAACCUGCGCAAAAGUUUGGCUUGGGAUAGUGCAUUUUUUACAAAUGCUGGAGUUCUUGAUCCAGAGGAGUUGUCUAGCAUAAUGGAGGGGGCUGAGACGGGUGUGAAUCAAAGUCCUUUUCUACCCGGUAUCCAAGAGGAAUUAAGAAAAUCAACUGAUUCGGUCUCCACUUUUCAGAGCGAUAAUAUAGAAAGUCUCGAGGCUGAUCUUUUCUGUGAUAUAAGAGCUUCAAUUCAAAGAUGUAGCAAGUCUUCCACUAAAGAAAAUAGUUCUGGAUCUAAAAUCCAUAGAGAAGCACCCAAAAAUGGAAGUUCAACAAAGAUUGUUGAGCCUUCUUCUCACAAAAUGGCAAAGCCCAAAUCAGCCUCCAACAAACUUAAUUUAGGUGUACAAGGGCCUAUGAGAACAUUGAAGCCUGGUUCUAAGAUAAAGCCUCCUGUCAACCGUAGCAGAGAGCCUAUCUCAUUGCUUUCCAGGCCACUUAAGCCAGCUGGUGGACCAAGUUUGCAAGUACCAGAAACUACCAAGAGGAUGUCAGUUGGUGCCGGCCGUGUCAAACCAAAUGUUAAGGCUGCAGUAAAUGCGAAAGGUGCAGGUAAUGGAUCUCCAUUGCCAGAGGCUUCCAAUCAAGUUGGUUCAAGAAAGCCUGUGCCCAAAGCUCCGACUUUGUCCAAAAUUUCUGCAUCUUCUUCAGUAUUGAACAGAACCGCAACACGUAGUUCACGCUCAUCAUGUGACAGCUUAAGUAGCUCUGCAUCUGAAGAUGUUCAAAAAUCUCAAACAGGUGUUUUCAGAAAAAAGAUGGACAAGAAUGUCAAUUUGCCACCUGGUUCCAAGACCAGAACCUCAACUAAGGUUGUAGACAAGGUUAAUUCUCAGAAUAAGGGGUCUCAUCUCUCAGCUUAUAUAAAGUCCUCAUCGAAGCUCUCCUCUAGCAUAUCACCUGCAAGCUCUAUUAGUGAAUGGUCCACUGAGUCUUGCUCUUCAACAGCAACAGUUAAUCAGAAGCAGUUUGGAUUAAUCCCUUGUCCCCCUUCCUCACAAGAUGUUACUGCUGAUAGCAAUGUUUCACGAAAUCUGAACAACCUAUCUAGUGACAGAGCUUUGGGUGACCAUGAAAAUCAGGUACCAGGGAUUGUUAGCCAACCUGCAAAGCAACCUUCAACGGGGAGUGUCGUGUCUAAUACUCGUCCAAGUUCCGCUAAACCAUCAGGUCUUCGAAUGCCAUCACCGAACAUUGGUUUUUUUGAUGGGGUAAAAGCUGGUGCUAAGACUCCUACUAGAUCAGCCUUGCCGAGCAGCCUUCCUAGAUCAGCAGCAGGAACAUUCAGCACUUCUGGGGCUACAAGCAAGACAAGGCUUGGCAUUAGUGCUCCUAAAAUAACAGCAGCAGCAGCUGCUGUUGCAACUGUCAAGCAGUUAAACAUUGAUGCACACCUCAAAACAACUACAACAAGGACUCCUUUUACAAUAAAGAAUGUAUCUAAUGUGGUUGAGGUGAGAAACUCACCACCUGGAUCAGCCACCGAAUCAUUAGCGUGAUGUUAUGCCUUCUCUAAAGAAUUCUCAAAAGGGGAAUAGCUAACACUUGUUGUGUUAAUGUGGCUUGCCAUGUUAUGUUCCAAGGUACAUGUACUUGGACCUUACUAGUUUCACAUUACAUUCUUGCUCAUUUACACUAUACGUGGGCAAGUGAAGAAGAUUACUGUCAUUAACAUAUUGGAGGAUAAUUUAUACAUUUGUGGCAUAUGUCGCAUAAUACAAUGUCUUGUGCAUAAUGAUCGCUAUGACUUCCUUUGUUGAGGAUAAUUUUGGAUGAAGGCAUGAAGCCUUUUUCGGUUGGUCUUAGAAA